AUGUCCAACACCCCCGUUGUCACCCUGGUGGUGGCGCCAACUGUCAUUGAUACAAAUGACAUUCUCAUUCCUGGACCUAACAACCCAUGCUGGGCUUGCAACAAUGCGGAGUUGCCCUGCACAACCCGUUUCAACAAGAGGACUGGGAACGGCCUUCUCUCCUGUGUUUUCUGCAACACAAAGAAGGGUAAGUCGACCACCCAGAAGGCCAGGUCCUGGACACCUUCCAAAGCUGGAGCUACCAGUACCAGUGCUGCCGGAACUGCCAGUGCAUCUGCUGUGACCAUGCCUAAGACGCAUGGUUGCAGCAAGACAAUAACUGCUGUCAAGGCACCCACCCCACCACCUACACCCUCACCUGCACCAGCUCCAAUUGUGUCUUCGAGUGCCCGCGUGCCUCGUGCAGCUCUCAAUGUCCCCAUGCCGGGCCUCCAUUCCAUGGCAAUCACUAUUUGCGAUAGUGCUGGACACAUCAAGGCUCUCAAGGAACGCUCCAUGAGAGCCUUUGACGCGAAACCAUGGAACACCAUCCCUCAUUCCCCCUUCCCACUACUCCGGAAAUUGCAACAUCUUUGUUGCUUGAUCAAUCUGUCACUGGAGCAAUGUUACCCUCUGAAUCCGCACUCCCUCCUCUCAUUGGUCUUUCGAUGGCAGGGAUGGAGCCCACACCCUCGAAAAUUGAGGAUCCCUCUGCCAUCGGGGGGUCUCAUAUUUGAGCCGAGCCAAGUUCAACUAGCCCCAGACCCAUCACCUACUCCCCCAACUGCCAGAGACAUUGACAUUGUGGUGCUGGAUCAUCCACGCAACCUUUUCCCAGAAUACGAUUCUGCUGAUGACAUGGAUGUUGAGGUCAAGGUUGAAGUUGAAGGUGGUGAUGAGGGUCAUCUGGGUGAGGUUGAAAUGUCUACAUAA